GUAAAAUAAAGUGCUUUCCAAAUCAAUGAGAUUAAAUGGUUCACUCAAACUACAAGAAUGCCUGAUCAAGUGCUCAUCAAUCUAUUUGAUCAAGAUAUGCUAGGAGUAGAGUCUCUGGUGCUCGCAAUAGCCACACCCUAUGAUCAACUUCCCACUGUGAU